AUGUCGCCACCGUCAAAGGCCAUCGUGUACGAAAACCACGGCUCUCCCGAUUCGGUCACCAGAGUGGUGAUGCUCCCGCCAGUGGAAGUGAGAGAAAACGAUGUAUGUGUUAAAAUGAUCGCUGCACCAAUCAAUCCAUCUGAUAUCAAUCAAAUUGAAGGUGUUUACCCUGUCAGACCACCAGUACCAGCGGUUGGUGGUAUAGAAGGUGUUGGGCAAGUGUAUACGGUUGGGUCGAUGGUCAAGUCUCUUUCUCUUGGUGAUUUUGUUAUUCCGUCUCCACUCUCUUCGGGGACCUGGCAGACGUAUGUUGUGAAGGACGAGAGCAUGUGGCACAAAAUUGACAAAAGGUGUCCAAUAGAGUAUGCAGCUACUAUUACUGUUAAUCCGUUGAGCGCUUUAAGGAUGCUUGAGGACUUUGUCAGCUUAAAAUCUGGAGAUUCCGUGGUACAGAAUGGUGCCACAAGUAUGGUGGGUCAAUGUAUCAUCCAGUUAGCAAGACUCUGUGGCAUUAGGACCAUCAACAUUAUUCGUGACAGGGUUGGGACAGAUGUAACAAAAGAGAAACUGAAAGCUUUAGGUGCAGAUAUAGUGGUUUCAGAGAGUCAGCUGAACGAAAAAAACUUCAAAAGUCAUUUGGGGAAUUUGCCAGAGCCUGUUAUGGGAUUCAACUGCAUCGGUGGCAAUGUUGCCUCUCUCGUGGUCAAAACUCUAAGGGAAGGAGGAACCAUGGUAACAUACGGUGCAAUGUCUAAGAAACCAAUCACUGUAUCAACUACAUCUUUCAUCUUUAAGGAUCUUUCAUUAAGAGGAUUUUGGCUGCAUAGGUGGAUGCAUUUAGAAAAAGUAAAAGAAUGCAGAAAGAUGAUAGACUAUCUCAUUGGACUUGCACGGGACGGGAAGCUAAAAUACGAGACGGAACUAGUUCCUUUCGAAGAUUUUGCUACUGCUCUCGACAAAGCUAUGGGGAAGCGAGGCAACCAUCCUAAACAAGUCCUCAAAUUUUGA